AUGGAGGACCCCAAGGCCCCGAAGGCCCAGCGCUAUACGACAGAGUUAUUGAAGACUCCUGGAAUGGCAUUUGAUAUUACGAUUCCGGAUCCUAAGGAGAGGAUAGAGGCGUACAUUGAUGCAUAUCGAAAUGCCGCUACGGCACACAUGCAGACAUUUGAUCAAGCUUUCAUGCGUGACCACAUCAAGAUUGUAAGCGCCUCCAGCACACUAGGGAAGACAACCGCUGUUUUCGAGAUGAAAGCCGCUCCUCUCUUUACAAAUCGCAUGGGCAACAUGCAUGGCGGAGCUGUGGCGAUGAUUCACGACAUGUGCACGACAAUGGCUGCCGCACCUUUAGCAAGGAGAGACUUUUGGUGGUUUGGAGGUGUAUCUAGAACUUUGUUGAUUACAUACCUUCGACCUGUGCGGCAGAACAUGGACCUCCUCAUCGAGUGUGAGGUGUUGCAGCAAGGAGCCCGUUUGUCUACGAUUCGUGGUGAGAUGAGAGACAAACGGACAGGCCAAUUGCUUUCUGUGGCAGAGCAUAACAAGGCCAGCAUCAAUUUCAUUGAAGCAAAAUCAAAGUUAUAA